AGUUGUACUUACAAUAGUGAAUACUCGAAUAGUCAAAUGCCUUGUCAAUUUUCGUUUCAAUUGUUUAUACUUUAUUCUGAGGAAGUAUGAAGUGAAUUAAGAAUAAUGUUUUAAUUAUUAAUAGUUGACGCUAGUGAAUUUAAUAGUGAAAUUUACUUGAAUGAUUUAAAUAAAUAGAAGAAUUGUCCGAUAACCUCAAAACAUAGAGUUGGAGUUUAUAAUCAACAUGACGCAUUCUUUAAAUAUUGGUGUCACAUCACGAUGGACGAUCCGAGCAAGUUUCAGCAGAUGCAAGAUGAAAUGUCAAGGUUUGAAGCCGAAAUAUCAGGAUCAGGUCCUGGUGUACGGCCCGUUAUUGGUGCAGGCACCUUUGGUGCAGUGCAGCAGCAGCUGGAACGGUUGCCACCUCCACCUCCAAUGCCUAAUUUGAUGCCACCAUUUGACCCCAGCAUUAUGAAUGGACGGAUGAUGUUUCCUGCGAUUCCUCCUCCACCACCUCCACCAUCUAUGAUGGUGCCAGCUUCUGUACAAGUCCAAAGAUUACGUUUUCCAAUAGGACCUUCAGAACAGUUUCCUGGACCAAUCCCUUUCCUUCGACCUGGCAUGCAGGGACCGCAGCUGUUACCACCACCACCUGCGCCUCCGAAGCCACAGCCAGUAAUAUUAUCAGCUGCACCUAAACUUUACAAACAGCCAAAAGUAGAUGAGGAGAAAAAGGAGAAAGAAAGCAAGAAAAGGAAACGCGAAAGGGCAGUAACUCCACCUGUGGAGGAAGUUGAGAAGAUCCCAGAGCCAGCACCUGAGCCUCCCCCGCAGCCUCUCCCCAUUACUGUUACUGAAACUGUUGUCACAAAACCCAAGAAAGAAAAGAAACACCGUAAGGUGGUGAGGACAGCUGGUGGGCAGGUGUGGGAAGAUGUCACUCUGCUGGAUUGGCCAGAUGAUGAUUUUAGAAUGUUCUGCGGUGAUCUGGGUAAUGAUGUUACAGAUGAGCUAUUAGCGAGGACAUUUGGAAAAUAUAGUUCAUUCCAAAGAGCAAAAGUGGUAAGAGACAAGCGAACCAACAAAAGCAAGGGGUUCGGUUUUGUUAGCUUCAAGGAUCCCGGAGACUUCAUUAAGGCUAUGAAAGAAAUGGAUGGGCGAUAUGUGGGGAGUCGUCCAAUAAAACUUCGGAAGAGUACAUGGAAGAAUCGCUCGCUGGAUAUAGUAAGAAAGAAAGAGAAAGAAAAAGCAGCCUUGCUCUCCCUCCUUAUGUCAGCUAACAAGAGCUGACAACAAUGAUUAUAACCGUAGACUAACAUUUAAAUAAAAAAAGUAAUUUAAAACCAUUUAUUUUAUUGUUUUCAUUACACGAUGCAUUGUAAGAAUAAAAUAAUCACAGCAAUAAUAUACUUAUUAUUUCAA